GGGGGGGACUUGGGGGGGAGGCUUGGGAGGGAGGGUUACGGUACGCUAACGAAAGCGCCGGCAUAUUUUGGGCCCUCAUGCUAUUAGUGUGCGGCCGCCGGUGUCAAUUUGCCCAAAUGCCGCGAGUAAUGGGCGUGGUUUGCGGUGGAGCUCCUUGUGUGUGUGUUUUUUUUUUGGGUUCCCGCUUUGCUGCUGUGGCGAGGCAAAAAGAGAGAGAUGCAGGGAGUGAAACGGAAGGGGACGAGGAGAAAGGAAGAGAGAGUAAAAAUGCUCUGGGGCGAUGCGAAACGACUGGGAUACCGAGUUACGUACAAGCCUACUAAGUUACUACGUAUUGCUCGCACUUCGCGGGGGGGUUGGUGGCGCGUGGUGGUGGUGGUGGAGGAGGAGGAGGAAGAGGAGGAGGAGGAGGAGCAAGAGGAGGAGGUACGACGCUAAUACGUUGAGUGAGAGACGGACGGACUGGGUUCGGGAUGCUAGUAGCAGUAAUACGGAGGGAUGGCCCAGAAGGCCGGACGGACGGGCUUUGCUCGACGACCAAGGCCAUCAUCGACGGCGGCGGCACAUGGGAACUAGCAGUUGCUCUUCUCAAACACAACUAUUCACACUCGUUGAUCACCCACCCUCCGUUCUCCUUUCUCCUUCCCCCCUUCACGAUCUUGACUCGACAGAAAUGGUGAAUACGUUGUGCCUCUGGUGAUCGACCGGAUCUACCAUUGACGAGAACCCCGGAAUCCGCACAGACAACGGCACGGAGCAUAUAAUUGACUCCUUGGCAGGCAAGCCGCCCGCUCGUCAUGUCGGACGUGGACGAGGCCAUUGCCGCGGGCCGCGUCCCCGCCGGCAUCACGGCCGCGUACCUCAACGAGAGCAGGGACCAGCCGGCCAUUGCGGGCAUCAUCUUCGUCACCGCGCUGACAUUUGUCGUCGUGGUCGGGAGGCUGCUGUCGAGGGCGUUUAUCGUCCGGAGGUUUGGCUUUGACGAUGGGCUGGCCUUGAUAUCGCUGCUCUGCCUCAUCGCCUUUACGGGCCUGUGCAUCGAGCUCAUCAGGCUCGGCUCGGGCCGCCACUUCGGAUACAUCCAGUACGUUCUCGACGUGCCGACGGUGCAGCGCACGCAGGUGCUCGACUUCGCGGCGCACAUCGUCUACACGACGGCGCUGCUCCUGUGCCGCGUCUCGGGCCUGGCCUUUUACCACCGCGUCUGCGGCAUGCACCGGGGCUUCCUGCUGGCCAUCCGGGCCGUCCUGGCGGUGCUCGUGGCCGGUUACCUCCCGCAGCUGCUGCUCAUCGUCCUCCACUGCCGGCCCGUCACGGGCCUCUGGCCGUACGGGUGGGAGCCCGGGACCGAGGGCUACGUGUGCCUGCAGUGGGGGCUCGUGUACAGCGUCAACAGCUCCGUGUCGCUGCUGUGCGACCUGCUGCUGUUUGGCAUCCCGCUUGCCAUGCUGAGGAUCCUGGAGAUGCCGAGGAAGCGCAAGGUCCAGCUGGGCUGCAUCUUGCUGCCGGGUAUCGCCGUCAUCGCCAUCUCCAUCACGCGGCUCGUGCUGGUCAUCCUCGGGCAGUGGCAGACGGACAUGAGCUGGAGCUACAACCCCAUGCUGGGCGUGGAGACGUCGGAGAUUGGGGCGACGCUCAUCGCCCUGUCGGUGCCCGGCGUGAAGCCGCUCUUCGACAGGUUCAUACUGCGCAAGGAUGGCGGACACUCGCACUCGGGCGGAUCGCAAUACCAGAUGCACGGGAGCACCGGCGGCGGCGGCGGCGGCAAGCGGUCCCGCGGGGGCACGGCGCUGAGCACGCUGCGGCUCCGGUCGCAGCACAGCAUGCUGGCCAGCAGGGAGAACGCGGGCGCGUACGGCACCGAGGUGACCGCGGGUGGUCGUGGUGAUGGCCGUGGCCGUGGCGCGAACCACGACGGGGCCAGCGUGGGGAGCAGCACCGAGGGCAUCUACGUGACGGUGGACUUUGACGUGAAGGAGGGGCUGAGUGACCCUGUCUCGGGCCGGAGGAGGGACGACAUUGGGCAGGCCGCCUGAGAACGCCUGAACAUGGAGAGAAAAUAUAGCGCGGUACGAAGUAUGAUGGAUAGAGCUUAGAACACAUGGAGAAGACGGGGCAGCCCUUGAUGGGGUGGCGAGGGGAGCGCGGCGGCGAUGGGAUUGCGAUACGCAGGAGGGAUACUAAGUUACUGCAUGACUGAAGGAUAGAUGAUGGAGC